CUGGGUGGCCGUCCGGCGGAGGCGGCUGCGAGCUCCCGGGCUCUGGACAGGGAAAUGGGGCAGGCAGUGACGCGCCGCCUCAGAGCCGGAGCCCGCGCAGCGCCCCGCAGGGCGAUGGACGGCAGAGCCCCGCGCGCUCAGGACUCCCCGCCGGCUCCCCAGCCGGCGGCCCCCGCAGGGUAUCCCAACCAGGUUACUACUGGUCAUGAACUAUUGAGAACUGGUGAGACCCCUCAAGGUCAUGAAGAAAGAAGGAGAAAACCAAAAGCCAAAGCACCACUUCCUCCAGCUGAGACCAAAUACCUUGAUGCCUCUUCAGUUGACAAUUCUGUAGAAUCUUCUACUUUUAUCAUGGAACAGAAAGAAAACACGAUAGAUAAAGACAUUGAACUCUUAGUGGUUCUACCUGGGGAUAUUAUCAAAUCUACUACUGUUCAUGGCAGUAAACCUAUGAUGGACUUGCUGGUAUUCCUCUGUGCACAGUAUCACUUAAAUCCAUCAAGUCACACAAUUGAUCUGCUAUCAGCUGAAAACAACCCCAUUAAAUUUAAGCCAAACACACCAAUAGGAAUGUUGGAGGUGGAGAAAGUAAUUUUAAAGCCAAAAAUUUUGGAUAAGAAAAAACCUACACCUUUAAUACCAGAGAAAACUGUGAGAGUAGUGAUCAAUUUUAAAAAAACGCAGAAGACAAUAGUGAGAGUUAGCCCACAUGCACCACUUCAAGAACUUGUCCCCAUUAUAUGCAGCAAAUGUGAGUUUGAUCCAUCACAUACACUGUUGUUGAAGGAUUAUCAGUCUCAGGAGCCCCUUGACUUGACAAAAUCUCUUAAUGACCUGGGACUAAGAGAAUUAUAUGCCAUGGAUGUCAGCAGAGCCACUUCUGUUACUACCUUCAAUAACUCAUCUUUACAAGAGUCCUGCCAAAUAUCACAAAACCUAGACAUUAUGAAGGAUAAGGAAAAUAAAGGGUUUUUCAGCUUUUUUCAACGCAGUAAGAAAAAGCGGGAGCAGACUGCAAGUGCCCCUGCAACUCCCUUAGUAAGCAAGCAUCGUCCAGCUUUUACAAGGUACAAUACCAUUUCCAAGCAGUAUAUUUCAAACACACUGCCAUCGGACGCACCCAAGAAGAGGCGCGCUCCAUUGCCUCCAAUGCCAGGGUCCCAGAGCGCCCCCCAGGACCUCGCUCACAUCCAGGAGAGGCCAGCCUCGUGUCUGAUGAAAUCCUCGAGUAUGGAUGAAACAGAUGAGAAUCCCUGCAGAGCAAGCAGAGUGAGGACAGGCUCUCUGCAGCUCAGUAGCACAUCCACUGGGAAUUCAUCUUUGAAAAGGACAAAGCGGAAAGCACCUUCUCCACCCUCCAAAAUACCUCUGCAACAAAGUGAUGAAAAUAGUCACGUGACUGCUGGGCAGUCAGUACCUGCAGUUCCUACAGACAGUGUCUUGGAAGCCAGCCUUCCUGAGGGCCUGUCUAGCCCGGAAGCCUCCCCUGGCCCUGGGCUCCCCGGUCGCGAGCAGAGCGCUGUCCCCACGCUGCCGGCGGGGGCGCCCCUCCCCGAGUGGCCUGCAACCCCCGAGGCAGCCGCCGCAUCUCUGCCGUCUGGAAUGAACUCUGAUUACAGCCUUGAAGAGAUAGAUGAAAAGGAAGAACUGAGUGAAGUGCCUAAGGAUGAGACUGAACAUACUUCUGUGAAGUCGCCAGACGUUCCCACUGGAUCUACUGAUAUAAUAAGUCCACUGAAAAACGAUCCUGACUCAGCCCUUGGCAGUGAUACUGGAGAGUCCUCACAGAACUCCAAAGAAGAAAAACAAGAAACUAGAAACACAGAUGGACAUGGACCGCACAUCAUGGUGUAUAAUGCAAGCAAUGAAGAGAGGGUGGUUGACAGUGUAAGAAACUUGAAGUCACUGGGCCCAAACCAGGAGAACGUAGACCAAGAUGAAAUAACUGUCAUUCCAACAAACACAGAAGAUAAUAUGAAAAAUGGAGUGAGAACAGAAAUCAAUGUAAGAGGUGUCGCCAAAAAUAACAACGUGGACAUGGAAGUUAACAGACUACCAAACUAUCAGGCACAUAAAACUGAUACUGCUAGAAGUUACAAGGAAGAUCAUCUUGCUGUUUCAUCAAUACCAGAUCAAAAACUGAAUCAACCUAGUGCCGAAAAGACAAAAGUGCAAGAUGCAGCAAUUCAGGCAGUCCCUUCCUGUGACAGUUUCAGUGGGAAUCACCAAGAUCAUAAUUCGUCUGACAUCAAAGUUGAUGAAAGUGUACAAACUUCAAGUAACAACAAGUCAACUCAACACUCAUCUUUAAGUCCUCAAGAUUCUGUAGAUACCUCAAGAGAAUUCAAGUGUCAGGGCCCACUAAUUGUACAUUCAGAAGAUCAACUAGCCAUAAAAGAUCCAGUUUAUGCACAUGGUAAUGAUGACCUUUUGCCUCCUGUAGAUGGGACUGAUAAAAAUUCAGCUGCUUCUUAUAUAAAGAAUUAUCCACUUUACAGACAAGACUACAAUCCCAAGCCAAAACCUUCGAAUGAAAUUACAAGAGAGUACAUACCCAAAAUUGGGAUGACUACUUAUAAAAUAGUGCCUCCCAGAUCCCUAGAAAUAUCAAAAGAUUGGGAAUCUGAAACCAUAGGGUAUAAAAAUGAUCAAGAAAUACAUGCUUUAGGGAAAAAGGACACUCAUGAGAAUGUGAAGGAAACUGCAAUCCAAACAGAAGAUCUGGUCAUUUCUGAAAGCCCAAAGGAGCCACAGGCAGACCUGAAACCAAAGCCUACCCUAAAAACAGAACAUCAGGUGCAAAGUGUGGAGAGCAUGCCUCUCAGCAUGAUGGCGAAUCCUCUGAAACCUACUCCUAGAAUGAUGAGAGACACCGGCACGGCUCCUUUUGUGCCAAACUUGGAAGAUAUAAACAAUAUUUUGGAGUCAAAACGUAAAUCUCGGGUUUCAAAUCCCCAGGCCAAACCAAGUUCUUUUUUCUUGCAGAUGCAAAAGAGAGUUUCAGGUCACUAUGUGACAUCUGCAGCUGCCAAGAGUGUUCAACCUGUGCCUAAUCAUACACCAAAAGAAUUAACAAAGAAAGAGGUGGAAAGGGAUACAAUACCUCCUCCAGAGCCAGCUCUUUCCCCCUUAAGUAAAACAACUCACUGUCCUCCACAGCCCCACAUUAAACACACAGUUGACAGCAGUCAGACUACUGAAGCCUCUCCCCCUCCCAUGGCGUCUCCCCCUCCAGUAGCCUCUCUUCCUCCCGCAGCCUCUCCUCCUCCCGCAGCCUCUCCCCCACCCGUAGCCUCUCCCCCUCCAGUAGCUCCCAAACCUGUUCCUCUUCCUGGGAGUCAGUCAGCAGCACUGAAUCUGAAGGCUCUGAAAACGUUUUGUACCCCUCGACCAUAUUCCGGCUCUGCUCCUUCACCGUUUGCCCUCGCUGUGGUGAAACGGUCACAGUCUUUCAGCAAAGCCCGUAAGGAGUCAUGCAGUGAAGAGGCCUGGGGCGCACACUCGCAAACUCCAACUGACUCAGAGGAAGGGAAGAUUCCUUCCGUACAUACACUUGUGGACGUCCCACAACUAGGUGUGAGUGAUAAGGAAAAUAAUUCUACACAUAAUGAACAGAAUCCCCAAAUACCAUCUCCAACUGACUGCCCAUCGUUCACCCUUAAGAGACAAAAUUCUUCAACAUUCCAAAGCUCUGACCCAGAACAGAUCCGACAGAGUUUGCUGACUGCAAUUCGUUCUGGAGAGGCUGCUGCCAAAUUGAAAAGGGUUACUGUUCCCUCAACUACAGUAUCUGUGAACGGAAGGUCAAGACUCAGCCAUUCCAUGUCUUCUGGUGCCCAGGAUGGCCAUUAAAAUUUGCCCCACCAUACUGCACUUCAGCACCUCUCCUUCACAGAACAGCUUCAUACUAACGGAGAAUGUUGGCAAAUGUAUAUUCAGAUGUACACUAAUAUAUUAUCUAUUAAAGCAUAAGAAUUUGUGUUGUGGCUUCUAAUGCCAGAGGAAGAAUUACUAGAAUUUAUAAUUUAUAAUAAUGUUUUUGGCCUUUUUUUGCCUUAAGAGCUGAAUAUGCUGCUUUAGAACUUUAAGACAAGGUGUUAAGGACUUUCAUUUUUUUCAAAAGAGAAAUAGUUACCUUUUGUUGAUUUCACUUAUUGACAUAUUCUCUACAAUGGUGACUUAGACAAAAGGAUAAAUUAAGAUUCAUAGACUUCUAUUUGUGUGACACAUAAAUAGCUAGGCAUAGAUCUGACAUUUGCUGCCUCAGUGUUACAGUUUAAUUGGAAAUGUUUAAGUUAUAUUUAAAGCCUCUUUGUGCUGAAAGUAUGAUCUAGAAAACUAAUGAUCAAGCAUAUUCAGUUUAACAGUUAAUUUCAGUGAUGAAUCACUUAGUGAACAAGUCUUAUCUUGUGUGUUCUUUAUGUAAUUACAAAAUCAGUGUCAAGUUUAUAGAAAUUCAUACUAUUUUAAUAUUUUAUUAACAUGGACACACUUAGUUUUUUAAUCUUUAGAACUUAAAUUGCACAAGGAGAAUUUUAAAUAUUUUCUGUAUAUAAUUACGAUAUUAUUGUCACACAGAUUACACAUUUUAUGUGCCAGAAGCCUUAAAAAUCUUCCUGUGAAAAUGUUGAUAUAUUGUGACAAUUAUUUCAAAUUCGAUAUGUAGGGAGCAAUAGGGGUUAAUGUCCAUAUUGGAAAACUUCAAAGGCUACUUGGAGGUUUUAGGAAUCCUGGUUUUAAUUACAGUGAUAAAACUAUGCAGUUCAAACGCUAAUAUUCUAAAUAAUAAUAUAUAUUUACAUUAAAGCUAAAACUGUUAAGGAAAACAAUGCCUGAUUUGUUGGCUUAUAACUUGUUCUGGGGCCUAGAGCUUGUUGAUGUUCUGUUCCUGCUUUAAGAAUCUAAUUGCUCACUUGUUCUAAAAGCUUUGUCAAACAAACAAACCGAUGUUAGGUUGGUUUUUACUAAAGCUACUGGGAUAUCUGCCUCUUUGGAAAAAUGUCUUGAUUUUUUCCCCCUGUUUAAUAAAAGCAAGUUAUAUA